AUGAAUUCGUCUAUUUCAUUUAAAUUGUCAAAUAAACUAUCGUCUACCAGACGAAAACAAGGAGUAAUUGACAUUUUUCUACCACUUUAAAUUAACUUUCUUGUUUUGUUUUUGUUUUGAUGUCGGUUAAUACGGCGUCAUAUAGACUGGUCACGUGAAGAAAAAAAACCAAUCAAAUUUUCCGAGAACGUUCAAAUAAACGUAAACAUUCGAAAAUACUCAACAGUGGGGUAAUAACAAAUAAGAAAUUCGUAUACAUCCUAGUCCUUAGUAAAGAAUUGAGAAAUUAUAACCGAAUAAUUUGAUAUUCGCUAAUUCGAACAAAUAUUUUUAUGACUGCCCGCGUUCAAAUUAACUUGUACGUUUAUGUUGAUCUGAAGUGUUAGUAGCUUUAUCGGAAUGUGAAGUGUCCAAAAGAUUGAGAUGAUCCUAUUCUGUUUUUAGAUAUACUUAAGGAAGCAUGGUUGGAAACGGAGCUUUGUUGAUGACGAUAUACUUAAGGAAGCAUGGUUGGAAACGGAGCUUUGUUGAUGACGGUAGGUACUGGGCAUUGGAUUGUAUAAUGGCAUUUGGGACGGAUUAUGGCGGCGGUUCGGAGAGAAAUUGUGAAACAUUUCAUAAGUCACUUUUAUCUGUUUCUUUUGAGUUUUCGCAUUCAAUAGUGGUAUUGUCAUCACUUGCGAUUUCUCUUUCCAUUUGCCUAUUUUCUUCUUCAGUUGCGUUGGCCAGUUCCCAGGCAUUUUUCAAACUAAAAAAUAAUACAAAAUGACUACCUCGUCAUAACCGUAGAACGUCAAGAUUUGGGAUAUCUAAUCGGUAGGCUAGAUAAUCGAUGAACGCAAAAAGUGACCAAUUAAAAAAAUAUUAUCAAAAAUAAUUUACCUUGUU